AUGACCCAGGACGAUCUCGAGAUUCAGAUACUUCUGUGGAGGAGCAAUCAGUGCUGGGCUGGGCUAAGCAGUGACCUUGUCAUUGAGCAAACAUUGAUGAGAUCUCUUAAGAGCGCAGGCGGUCUUACUCGGAGCAGUGGGAUGACCGAGGAAAUGCAAAACCUUUGGACCCUAUCUGAACCUGUAACAUCUGCAUACAAUAGUGUCAUGCAGGAAUUCACAGACCUGGUUUAUACUACAAGUCCACAACACAAAGAGUCGACUGAGGCGCGCAUCAAAAGAGAUGCUUCUGAUCUCGAGAAAAUGCAAACCAAUAUUACAUCCUGCUCACCGUACACAGCUGAUCCUACUCUAAGAAACAUUGUCAAUGGGAUAGUGGCUGGGUCAGAUGUGAAUGUGCACACAUUUCAGGAGGUUGGGACCAAGAUCAUAAGAGAUAUCAAAGGAAAGUCAGCGUUUGCUUACAAAUUUAAGAGAAAAGAUAGAGCCAAAGCUCUUGAGAAUAGCUCCGCUGUUAAAAUUGCUGAAGACCGUGCUAUUGAUCCUGCCCUUCUGUUCCAGCGUUUCUUUGUAGUGUCAAAAUCUGGAGAUCUUUCCCUUGAAGACGUUAUGUCUUAUGAACUAAGCCCUCAUCCUCCCGCCCUCUUUGAAGCCAAGAAGCAAAGCAGAAAAGCCUCAGAUCAUUCAGGCAAUUAUAGAUCAUGCUGUAAACGCAUCAAGUACCACAAGACCAUCUACUUCCUGCUGAUAUAA